AUGUAUGCUGAUGGUGCUGAAACCUCCCAGAAUUUGUCCAUUUGCUUUUAUACGCCUUGCACCAAUCACAUUGAAGUAGAUUUUAAAUACGUGGACGGCAUCAAAUAUAUUAGCAUCAUUCAGCAGCUGGGUUUUAACAGACGGCCCAGGGCCAAACCACUCACUGAACUGCAAAGUGGGAUUGACCCUUUGCACUGGGCCUCCCCUGGGUUAUCUGUAAGCAGCAAUGAAACUAGGAACUCCUCUAUCACCUCCUCUUCCUCCUCCUCGUCUUCUGUUAACAGAAGAAAACCUCCUCUUCCUCCCUCCCUUUCCUCAUCUAAAUCCACUAGUGAAAGUUCUUCACAUAAAGAAGCCCUACAUGUUUGCCAGAAUAGCUCAGAUGGGAAGACUCGCCGAUCCACUACUUCUAAACAAAAUCCUUUAGUGGAAAGGGCUUUGGUGGAGACACAAAAGUGUUUAGAGCAAGAGAAGGGUUCUUCUCAGACAAUGACUUCAGAGGCAUACCCAUGGUGUAGGCUAGCUAGUUUUGCUGGCCUAGGCUCAAGUAAUAUUCUGCCACUUCAAACCAGUUGGAAUGCUCUUAAUCACACACAGUCCCAGGAAAACCAUAAAGGGUCUAAACUAACAGAUCUUGAUCAGUCUUCCUCAGGAAGCAGCUCUUCAAGAACCAGCCCAAUGAGCUCUGGCAGGACCAAUCCAGUGACUACUGUUAGUCCGCUGGACCUUAAAUUGGUCAGGGAUCAAAUGGUGGUGGCUCUAGAAAGGCUGAAAGAGAUGGAAGAACAAGUAAAGGUCAUACCUGUAUUGCAAGUUAAGAUCUCUGUCUUGAAGGAAGAAAGGAAACAGCUUAGAGCAUUGGUAAAAAACCUAGAGAGUCAAAAUUUAGGUUGUAAUCCAGAUCCAAAUUUGCAAGGUGUAUUCAGGAAAAGAGCAUAUAGCACAGGCAGUACUGUGUAUUAUUCCAAGCCAGAAAAUGAUGAUGAGGGCCAGAAGGAGCCUGCUAAAAUAGUUGACAGUUGGGAAUGCAAUACAUUUAAACAACAAAAGGCUGAAAUGCAUAUGACUAUCAGUGAUCAGGAGAAUAUGGUUGAGGAAUUUGUGCAUUCAGGAAGUUGUUGUAGGGAUGUUGCUACAGAAAACAAACUCAAUGUACGGUCAGUAGGAGUUGGUGUUACUGAGUCCAUGUUGGGGGUGGUGUCAGACACUAUGUUGGAGUUUGAGAUACAACAACAAACAAUUCAAGUUUUGAAGGACAAGAUGCAAACAUUGGAGCUUAAAGAGGCAAUGCUUAAAGCAGAAUUGUGCAGGCUAAAGAGUGAGAUUCCAGAAGCUGGGGCUACCAAGAAUUCUAGUUUACAACCAGAGAUGCAAAGCAUUGCAACUCAGACAGGAAUGCUGAUAAGGACAAUUGGCAUUGGAAAUCAUGUUGAACUUGUACAUGCUGCUGUUGGAGAAGGGGCUGUGCAAACUCUUAACACUGUAGGAGUGACCUGCCAGCCAGAGACAAGUGAUGUGGCCUCUGGCCUAGACACACCCAUUGAAAUGUGGGAGAUACAGAAGAAGGUGGAAAAGAGGGCUCAGUGUGUAGGAACAGAAUAUGUGCCAACUUGCAGUCAAGGUGUUGGGACAUUUGUUAGUGUUUGUGAUGUUGGUAUUAUGACAAUAGUGUCGAUGGAGACUCUGAUGAAAAUGAAGUCAUCUAGUAGAACAGUAGGCUGUGGUGAUUGCACUAUAGAUGUGAAUGUCAACAUGGUUAAGCCUUUGAUUUCCCAGGGUAAUGUCACUGAACCUGUCAGAGGUAUAGAUGUUGGUGUAAUGACUCCACAAACCAUGUCCCAAUACACCAACACUGAGGUCCAUACAGUUUCCUGCUGUACUAGCACUUCACCAGUUAAAUCAAGCACCAUCCGAAGAAAUAUGCAUACACAGGCGAGGCAUACCAACACUGCCCAAAUAACCACUCGAACCCUUGCAAUUGGUGAUGGUAAAGUUGUUGAUCAACAAGUGGGUCGAAAAAUGUGUUCCAUUGGAGUGGGAACUCCUGUAUACCUGAAGGGAAGAGCAGUCACCCCUAGCACCCACAAAGUGAUGACUCGAGAUACUGGUGUUGGAUUGGCUAACAUUAAUGAGAAUUUCUUGGUUGGGCUCCGGACACGGAACAUGGCAUGUGGUCCAUCCCGCUUACCAGAUCCUAACAAGACCCGAAGUAUUGGGGUCGAGGUGGGUGAUGGGAGAAUACGGGAUGUGGAUGGGCAUAUGUGGAUGCCUGUACACCUUCUACAUCCACAGACAGAACCUGGCCUAGAUCAUUACAUAGACCGUAUGCAAAAACUGCUAAAAGAGCAACAGAGUCUACUAACUAGCAGCCAUUUUAAACAGAAGGAUGAGGUUGCUCUUCAACCACAGCCCUUCCUGGACACACAGCAUGGAGUACCUGGGCAUGACCCUUCUUCAAAAGCCAAUGAUAGCAUGCAGCUUAAAUCAAAGAAUUUAAUGGGACAUUUCAAUGAUGAUAAUGGCACCAGCAGAUCCAUUAUUACAAAAAAGGACAUAUCUCUGAGAUGUGCAGAAAACAGGAAGACCCUCAAACCUCUUUCUGCAGGUUGUAGGUUUGAGUGUCUAUCAAUUACUGAAGAAUCCUUCUCUGAAUGGACUGAUUCUGAAGUGGAGAGGAGGAAAAGAAUAAAGCAGAUAGAGGAGGGCCACAAGACCAGUACAAAAUCUUCUAAAAUGGAGAGAAGACAAGGUUAUGAGAUGAGCGACCAGGUGAUUUCUGCAUGUCACAAAUUAAAAGCCCACCUAAAUGACACCAAAGUUUUAUCUAACCGAGAACUGCGUUCCUGUCUGAACAUAAUCCAGCAAGACUGGUUCUGUGCGUCCAGUCAGAAGAAAGCAUGUCCAGAUGCAGUUGAUGGUUUUCUGAGCAUGUGUCGUCAUGUAUCACCUGCUGUUCUUACUCAGGUGGCUAACAUGGCUGACCAGAAUGGCAACACAGCACUGCAUUACAGCGUGUCCCAUUCUAACUUCAGGGUGGUGCAGAAACUACUGGAUGCAGGAGUAUGUAAUGUAAAUCAGCAGAAUAAGGCUGGAUACACUCCCAUCAUGUUGGCUGCUUUGGCUGCUGUGGAAACCAAGGAGGACAUGAGCGUGGUAGAGGGACUCUUCAGGAAGGGAGACGUCAAUGCCAAAGCCAUUCAGGCUGGUCAGACUGCUCUCAUGCUGGCUGUCAGUCAUGGACGCAUGGACAUGGUGAAAAUUCUCCUAGCUACGGGGUCAAAGGUCAAUAUUCAGGAUGAUGAGGGCUCUACCGCACUCAUGUGUGCCAGUGAGCAUGGUCAUGUUGAUAUUGUUCGUCUACUACUGGCUCAGCCAGGCUGUGAUGCCACUCUGAGUGACAAUGAUGACAGCACUGCAAUGUCCAUAGCCUUGGAUGCUGGCCACAAUGACAUUGCCAUGCUCAUGUAUGCGCAUAUAAACUAUGGAAUGGGCCAGCCAUUGGCUAUUUCUUGAAGCUGGACACUUCACCAACUACAGGCCUUUUUCAUUGAUUUGUUUAACUUAUUUCCAAUUACUGCAUGCCUGGUCCUUUUAAAUCUUCAUAGGUCGCUACCUUAAAUCUUGUCUUGACACU